GAGAAGCAGCUGAGCUCUGCACGCAGACAUCUGAGAGCACAGCAGGGGAAAGAAAAGACGAAUAACAUGUUAACCAAAGGGUCAGAUCAUCACAAAGAGCCGAAUCUGAGCAGAUAGGACGGAGAUACUCACUGAGAAACUUGAUUUCAGCUUUGGAGAUGAACAGCUGCCAACUGUGGGAUCUGAGGAUGUGGACGUUGAUGGGAGUAGUCUGUCUGUGCCACUGUGUCUUCGGACAGCUGUUUGAGACCAAACUGAAAGGAGCACCGCGUCUGAUCUGCAGUGUCCCCGGGUCACCGGGCCCGCCUGGCAAACCCGGUCCCAGCGGGCCCCCAGGAGCAGAUGGGAAUGUGGGUAUCCCGGGAAGAGAUGGCAGAGAUGGCAGGAAGGGUGAAAAGGGAGAAAAGGGAGACACAGGGUUGAAGGGCAGAGUUGGCCCGACAGGUAAGAUAGGAACCCGAGGUGAUCGUGGCCCUGCGGGGAAACGAGGCCCCACAGGAGGGAACGGAGACGUGGGCCUUCCUGGUUCUACAGGCCGCAACGGAGAAAAAGGAGAGAAGGGCGAAAGAGGGCCACGUGGAACUGCAGGAACCUGCAAGUGUGGCAGCCUUCUGCCUAAAUCUGCCUUCUCGGUGGGGAUCACCAGCAGCUACCCUGCAGAGAACACUCCCAUCAAGUUCAACAAGGUGCUGUUUGAUGAGGGCGGACACUACAACCCACAGACGGGCAAGUUCAUCUGUGCAUACCCAGGCAUUUAUUAUUUCUCCUAUGACAUUACAUUGGCCAAUAAACAUCUGGCCAUCGGUCUGGUGCAGAAUGGCCAGUACCGCAUUAAAACCUUUGAUGCCAACACGGGAAACCAUGACGUAGCAUCUGGGGCCACUGUGAUGUACCUGAACCCAGAAGAUGAGGUGUGGCUGGAGAUCUUCUUUCACGACCAGAAUGGUUUAUUUGCAGACCCGGGCUGGGCCGACAGCUUGUUCUCUGGCUUCCUUCUCUAUGCAGACACAAACUAUUUUGACGCACUGGCCGAGGACUAUGCAUAGAACCUGGGAAACACAAAACACAAACUGCUAGUUGUUUUGAUAGUUUUAUUACACAUAUGGUAUGGCUAAACUAUAUUUUUAUACAAAUGUUUGUACUGUUAGUUAUAUUAUUACUAUAGAAACCUAUCUACUGAUUUGAAAUUAUAAUAUUUGAUAAAGCUUGAACACAUUUCUUUAUUUGUUUUUUUGGCUGGGAGUUGGAUCAAUAAUAACUUAAAUAAACAUUGUUGACUGUA